AUGGAUUUACAUGCCAUGGAUAAAUGUCAUAGAAUCGGUCAAACAAAGCCUGUUCAUGUUUACAUGCUCGCAACUGCUCAAUCAGUAGAGGGUCGAAUGUUAAAAAGAGCUUUCAGCAAGUUGAAGCUUGAGCAUGUGGUGAUAGAGAAAGGACAGUUUCAUCAAGAGCGUACAAAGCCUGCCAUUGUGGAUGAGAUGGAGGUUUGUAUGGUAGCAGUAGCAUGCUAACGAUUUCUAAAUUUUUCUGUUCUAUCGUCUUGUGUAUAAAUAGAUUUGUUGUCAAUCUGCUCCAUUAUUCCAAUGAUUUUGAAAGUGUGGUUUUGGUUGACAACUCAGUAUUUCUAUGGCCAAUUUU